GAAAUACGUACAACCAGUAAAAAUUCUAUUUCUUAUUAUAGCUACAUUAGCCGUAGGAACUGUACAGCCAUAAAAAUGUAACAAGCAACGAAAAUAUUCGAUACAAUAAUUGCACUCAUCCGUUUAUUCAUCGAUGUAGUGUAUUUAAAAGUGGCCGCGCCACAAAAUUGGCAGGAAAAUAUAAACACCUGUCACAAGAAUGUACAAGAAUUAAAUGUAUAGUAUUUCUGUACUAUAUAACUAUUGAAACACUGUUAAUCAUAAAUUCUAAUCAUGAGCUCUGAAUUUCCGGAUCCCGACGAUGAGUUUGACUUAAUACACGAAGAGGAGUACGAGAUCUUGAGAGAAAUAGAAGAACUUAAAAAGAAAAAGGAUGAUCUGUCGAGAAAUGUUGGACAGUCACAAGAGAAGCUGAGGAAUAAAAAUGAAUUAAAUUCUGCUACCCCAAAUUUAGAUAAGGACUUAAACACUCCAUCGUGUAGUAUACAGAGUGAAUUGCAUGCUCCAAGCACUAGCAAAAACAAUGGCAAUGUUGAGACAGAUAUCAUAAGAAAGAGGAAUUAUGAUGAACUGUUUGGUGAUAUUUCUGAUAUAUUGGACAUAAAUGAUUUUGAAUUUAUAGUUGUGGAGCCAAGAGAAAAGAAACCUCGAUGGGAUGAUGCUCAACAAGUUAUUAAAGCAGUAUUAGACAGUAGAGAAAAGUUUCAUGAAGUUGGCAAAGGCAUUUCUGUGAGAAGGAAACAUGAAGAAAGCAAGAGAGACACGAUAUCAUUGAGAGUUCCACACUGGAAUUUUGUAGCCGUGACUAGGCCGGUCGAUGCAGAACGUAUAUACGUAAGAGUGAAGAACGAUGAACAAGUUGAAAUAAAAAAAAGCAAUUGUAUAUUUUCUGGUUUACUAUCUGUGCCAUUUGGUCAGCUUAAAGCUGAAGCUGAAGAAAUUAUAGUACAGAAUGUUAAAAAAGCUAGUUGUGAAACUUUCAAUAUUUCUACCACGGCAACUAUGAACGAUGAUGAACUGUGGGUUGACAAAUAUAGACCCAGAUCAUUCUUAGAUUUACUUUCAGAUGAAAAUGUGAAUAGAAGUUUAUUGCACUGGUUGAAACUUUGGGACAAAGUAGUAUUUAAUCGAAAUUACGAACAGAGUAAAAGGAAGAAACCGAAUUUUGCGUUAAAAAAUCGAAAUCGCAUUAAUGCUUUUCGUACAUUCAAUAAUCGAAAGACCGAAUUCAUGUUUGAGAAACCCAUCGAUGAGGUGGACAGUAGAGGUUUUCCGGUUCAAAGAAUAGUACUACUCACGGGACCACCUGGAUUAGGAAAAACCACAUUAGCGCAUUUAGCAGCUAAACACGCUGGUUAUAACGUAGUAGAAAUUAAUGCAAGCGAUGAAAGGAGUCCUGAUGCAUUUAGGGAGGUACUUCUCGCAUCGACGCAAAUGAAAGCAGUGAUGGGUAGUGAUCCUCGACCGAAUUGUUUAAUUUUAGAUGAGAUCGAUGGAGCUCCUGCAGCAUCGAUCGAUCUUCUUUUGAAAUUCGUGCAAGGUAAAUUGAUUGAGAAAGGAAAAAAAGUAAAAGCCAAUAAGCAGACUAACGUGUGUCAUCGUCCUGUGAUAUGUAUUUGUAACGAGUUAUACACUCCUUCCUUAAGAGCCCUUAGAAUGUCUGCGCUCGUUAUACCAGUACCAGAAGUGAGUCCCGCGAGACUAGCAGACAGAUUAAUAGAAAUUGCAGAAAAAGAAAAUCUAAAUGUUAGUCCGGAUGCACUGAUAAGACUGGCAGAAGUAUCUAGUUGCGAUAUUAGAUCGUGUUUAGGAGCAUUACAGUAUAUGGGUGGCACUAAAUUCAAAGAUGAUUUCUCAUCUGCUUUAAAAGACAGUCGAAGAGGACUGUUCGAUUCAUGGAAACAAAUAUUAACAAUUCCAGUAACUAAAGGCGGAAUACUUCCGAUUCCACAAAGAGUUCAACUUGUUUUAAAAACUGUGCGAAAUGGAGAAUCGGAGAAAUUGGCUUCUGGCAUAUUCCAUAAUUAUAUAAAGAUUCGUAAUGAUAAAUGGAAAUACAUUGUACUGUGCUUGCACUGGUUUGAAUUUUUCGAUGAAAUUUCAUCUAUGGUCGCAAGUUGUCAAAAUUGGUCGAUCAUGCCUUACCUAAAUUAUGCAUUCGUCACAUGGCACUUGUAUCUUGCAAAAGCAAAAACUGUUACAAUAUCUUACCCUUCUACUAUGUAUGAAAUGAAGCAGAAACUUGAAAGAAGCGAAGCAAUCCUAACAACGGUACACCGGUGUAGUGGUCGUGAUAGUACGAUUUUAGCAAUUGAUUAUGCUCCGUUUUUCCCGGAUUUACUAAAUCCUCUAUUACGAACAGUGUCUGGGCACUUACAUUCGAACAAAGAAAGAAACGAUAUUAAUCGAUUAGUUGAUAUUUUACUUGAUUUUGGUCUCACCUUUACUCAAGAGAAAAGUAUCGAUGGGAGUUAUAACUACAAAUUAGAUCCUGAUGUAUUUGAAAUAGGCAUUUUUCCCGAAUGCAAGAAUCGGCGAAUGCUAGCAUACGCAGCAAAACAAUUAAUUCUUCAAGAAUUAGAAGCUGAGCGCGUACGACGAGCAGCAAAUAUCACUAACAACAAAAGUGAUAAAGACGCGCGUAAUAAUGCACCUGUUGAUCGAAAACCAAAAUCUAAUAUUACAGAAUCUAAAUCUAAUACUACUGAAUCUAAAUCUAGUACUAUCGGAUCUAAAUCUAAUCCUAUGGAACAAUCUAACAGAAUUAAAGCAGGAGUAAAAGAAAUUCAAUACAAAGAUUUCUUUGGAAGGCCAAUUACUGUCGAUCAGGCUAAAGAGAAGGAUAAGGGAUCUGUGAAAUCGGGGAGACUUUCAAAGACUGAUGGUACGUGGUAUAGGUAUAAAGAUGGUUUCAGCAAUGCUGUCCGUCGAUUUGUUAGAAUGGAAAAGCUUCUUUGAAUUAUAUUAUUUAUGUAAUACAAGAGUUGUAAUUUAUUAAAUUUUAUACAAUUUGUCAUUAAAAAUAA